AUGUGGAAGGUCAUAGCGUUAGUCGGUAUAGUUACGGCCGCACCGAACCACUUAGCCGGUACCAAUUUUAGCCCGAUCAAUCAAUUUUCUUUAAAAUUACUCGACAAUGUGUAUGCGUUUGAAGAAAAUUUCGGUAAUAAAAACAUAGCUCUGGCCCCGGUUUCUGUUUGGAGUAUAUUCUCCUUACUCGCAGAGGCAUCGGCGGGAGAAACAUUUACGGAAUUGGUGAAAGAAUUAAGAUUAUCUGACAAUUUAGAAGAAACCCAGCUACUGCAUUCAUCAAUCUCCAAUUUGUUGAAGGUAAAAGACAAUGAUGUGACGCUUAACAGCAAAUCGGCUAUGUUUAUCGAUGAGAGUCUCAAAAUUUACCCGGAAUUUUGUGAAUCCGCUCUCUACUAUGGCUCGGAAGUCUUUACUGUCGAUCCAACAAAUACAACGAAACUUGCUAAUGAUAUAAACUACUAUAUAUGUAUAGCAACAGAAGGAAGAAUUCGUAACGCGGUGAAACCAGAGUUACUUGAAAAUUUAAGGUUAGUUUUAGCUGAUGCUCUUUUCUUUAAAGCUAGUUGGACUCAUCCAUUUGAUUCUAAACAAACGAGAGAGGAGGCUUUUUACAAUUCCCAAGGCAAAACAAUCGGGGCAGUUAAUAUGAUGUAUCAAAAGGCCUCGCACAAUUUUGGAGAUUCCAACAUUAUUGGAGCACAAAUUUUGGAGAUGACUUAUGGGAAAAGUGAACAAUUCUCUAUGCUUUUUCUUUUACCUUUCGACGGAAUGCCAAUAAAGACAUUGUUAAACAACUUAGCGACUCAACCCUUGGAUUGGAUGUCGGAUUACAAAGAAACUGGACAUAUAUCAGAGGUAGACUGUUAUAUACCACGUUUUAAGGUCUCAUCUAAAGUUGAUUUAAUUCCACCCCUACAAUACAGUGGGAUACAGCAAAUAUUCAAUAGAGAUGGAGCUCAACUGCCAGGAGUAUCCCCUAACCAAUUGUAUGUAUCAAAAACAGUGCAAAGUGUAGAAAUGGAAGUGACAGAAGAAGGAACAGUUGCUGCUGCAUCAACUGUUGUAGGUUUAGAAGAUAGAAUAUUGGGACCACGUUUUGAAGCUAAUAAGGAAUUUGUAUUCCUCGUUCAAGAAAGAGCCACUGGACUUAUAAUACUUGCUGGUGUGUACGCGGAACCUUCACUUGUG